UAAAAUUGAAAUUUAGUUUGGAAUUAAAUUUAGUAUUUGCAAUAAAUUGAUUUUCAUUUAUAAAAUUUCAUAAUUACAAACUUUGUAACUUAAAAUUGAGUACAGAAUUUACUAUGGUGACUGUGAACUAAAAGGACCAACAAAUUUAAAAUCAUAUGGUUAUCAGAAAAGUUUAAAUUAAACGUGAUGGAUUUGAACGAAAUAGAUUCUACAGAAUCUGCUUAUUUAGAUGUUGAAAUUACAGAAAAUCAGACUGAAGACUCUGAUACUCCACAAACUGAUAAUGUUACAAGCACUACAGAUAACACCGUUCAGCGCACAAGAAUGUUACGUUUACCAUUAGCAAGAAUUAAAAAUAUCAUGAAGCUAGAUCCCAGCUCUUCUAUUAUUUCUCAAGAUGCAAUCUUCUUGGUAACAAAAGCAACAGAAGUGUUUUUAGAAUAUAUGACUAAAGAAGCAAUGAAGCAACUAAUUUCUGGAAAACGAAAAACCUUAUUAAAAAGAGAUGUUGAUAAUGUUGUGGACAAUAAUCCCAAUUUAUGUUUUUUAGAUGGAGCAUUAGAAUGAUUCAAUGUGAUUAUGCCAGGAAUCAUGUUUCAUUCUAUGGAAGUAAUUUUUGUAACGAUUGGUAAAAAAAUUAUGUUUAAUUUUGUAUAAUUUUUGUAAAAUUUUUCAUUAUUAUAACCUAGAAGUUGAAUAUAAGAUACAAUAUAAACAAAUAUUUUGCUAGAUUUAUUUCUAUUAAAUGUUUUGAUAAUGUAUUCAGGGUGUUCAGUAAAAAUUGAAAAUAAAAUUCCUGUAAAUUCCC